AUGUGGUACACUGCUGCUAGCCACUGUUGUUUGACGUUCCAGUACGUCUCUGGAGUUGGCUCCCUGCCCCAUCGCUGGCAGGCGGUAGGGGGCGGCGCUUGCGGGGGCCGCCUGCAGACGGCGCAGCCUGCCCUGGCCGCCCUCUGCCCUGGACGCGGUACAGUGUGUCCGUCAAGUCGUGCGCCCUCUCCGCUGCACAGUGCUGUCCCGGCCACACAGCCUGGCGGCGCUCACUCCCAGCUCAGCGACUGCCCCGUCCAGGAAAACACGGCAUUGCGGAGUAAAUUGCACCAACACGGGAACAGGAAUCAAAUGAGCCUCUCUCAAGAGGAGAGAGGGAGGAGGCUGAUAGAGGCGGCCAAGCAGGGGGCGGCGGAGCAGCUGCGCGAGUUGCUGGCGGCGGGGGCGGACGUGGGGGCGAGGGUGGAGGGGUUGUCGGGGAGCAGGUGGACCGCCCUGCACGUGGCAGCAGGCGGGGGUCACGUGGCGGCGGCCAGCUGCCUCGUCGGCGCCGGCGCGGAGGUCGACGCCAGGACCAGCAGGGAGCAGCAGACGCCCCUGCACUGGGCUGCAGCGAGUGGCCACGCUGGUGUGGUGCGGCUGCUGGUCGGCGCCUCUGCUGACCUCAACGCCAGGGAUGUGUGGGGGCGGACGCCGCUGCACUGGGCGGCAGUGGAGGGCCACGCAGAGGCGGCGGCUGGGCUCCUCCUGGCGGGGGCGGACAGGGGGGCCCGGGAUGAGGGUGGCAGGACCCCCCUGGACCUCGCCAGGAAGAACAGAAAGCAGCAGCUGGUGGAUAUGCUCACACACCGCUGA